GCAGCGCACGUCGGAUCAAGAAUUAAAAAAAAGAUACCAAAGCCUACUCCACCUAUAAAUCCUGGAUUAUUUUUAUAGUGCAGACAGCUGUGAAUUUUCCAAAAGCGGCUACAAAGAAAAGCAAUGAUCAACAAAAACACGGAAAUAAGAUCAACAUCCAUCCCGCAGCCCUCUCUAGUUUGAAAAGAAACUAGUUAACAUGAGCUCUUAUGUUGACAGCUGCAAUCUCAGGCAAACAAGCGAGACAACUUCUCCUAACACUAUGUUUAGUUUCGAUGUGUCUGGGCGCACGUCCAGCCGCUAUGAGGGUGUUAAUGUGAGCGGGAUAUUCACUUGUCCCGUCCCCACGACCUCUGCUGAACGGGAGGAGAUGAAAACUAGCUUGCGUGGCAGUGCGGAUACUCCUCUCCCGGCAGGACCACAGAUAACCAUGGUCUCCAGCAGCUCGUCCGUGGACGACGCAGGCGGGCUCAGCUACGGCAGCAGCACUCUGCUAGGACUAGGGGCGGAUAGAGACCCGGAGAGGAGCGCGAAAUCCGGCGGCAACAAGAGCCAAGCGAGCGAGAGAAACGCGGAGAAGACGCAGGCGGUGGAAAGAACCACAAAAGUGAGCCAGCGGCAGGACAGUGAGCAGCGGCCACAGAUUUAUCCAUGGAUGACAAAACUGCACAUGAGCCACGAAUCGGAGGGUAAGCGCUCCAGGACCAGCUACACCCGCUACCAGACUCUGGAGCUGGAGAAAGAGUUUCACUUCAACCGCUACCUGAGCCGCCGCAGGCGCGUGGAGAUAGCGCAUACCCUAUGUCUGAACGAGAGACAGAUCAAGAUUUGGUUCCAGAACAGACGGAUGAAGUGGAAGAAGGACUCAAAGAUCAAAGUGAAGGAAUAAAAAGACGAGAAAAGACGUGUAGCAGUGAGCACAUAUUGUCAGCCCCACACUGCUGCUGCUGCUGCUGCUGCACCACAGUGCUGGAGCGGCGCGUGACCUCCGGAUGAACUGCAAGGAGCAAUGACAUCAUGACACCGCUCUGUGUGCUUCAUCACCAAUUAUGUGUCACUUGCUGCAGUUUGGAACCUAAUGUAUUGAAUAUCACUCACUUUGAUCAAUCGGUUUACAUUUCUAAAUUAAUUUGCUGCCCAUGCGAUGAUAACCUCACUUUGCUGCACGGAGGGGACACGAGGCUGAGGGGGAGCUGCUGGGUCCUUCAUGCUGCAAGGCGCAAUGCUCUGCAGUGCACUGAGAGGCUGCACAACCAUACUAAUAAUCUGCGUUUUAAUUAGGGUAAAAGUAGAGGAGGUUGGGUGAUAGACGACUCUUGAUCAUCAUGUAAGAGAACGUAUAUGGUCAAAGGCGCAACAAACUACGCAGAAAUCUCCAGACUGCUUUGGAAAUCAUAUUAUCAAACAGUUUUCCUGCAGUAUAAACUACCUUUUGUUCUUUGUUCUGUUUGUUAUGUUGCAGUGCAAACAUAAAGUUAGAAUGUGUGAUGUGUUCAGUGAGUUCAUGUUUUUGACUGGAGUUAUGUCCAUGUUGUGUAUUUUCUUUGUGAAUCCAAAUCAGUGUAAUGCAGCGACUGUGUGUGAUAAUAUUGUGAUGUGCAAUGAAGCCAUUUCUGUACACUCUGUAAACUUAAGGUGCCUGGUUUAAAACAAGGCCCAGAAUAAAUGAUAGAUGGCUUAAUUGUUGAUUGUAACGAAUAAAAUGUCACCAUGGAAAACA